AUGUUCCACGGCGUGAAAGCCAAAACACGAUUCGUGACACCUGUUAACGACGGCCGGGCGAGUUUAGCGGCGGUGAAGGCUGCGGACGCUGGCGCCAGCCACCCAGCCAGCCGGCCGGCCAGCCCAGGGCGAGCCAUCGAGUUUCUGGUCGAUACCGGGGCUGAACAUUCGGUGUUGACCCAACCCAUGGGGAAGGUAGGGUCCAGGCGGACAGUCGUAGUAGGAGCAACCGGCAGCAAAGUCUACCCCUGGACCACACAAAGACUUUUAAAGGUUGGACAUAAACAAGUGACCCAUUCCUUUUUGGUCAUACCUGAGUGCCCUGCUCCUCUGUUGGGCCGGGACAUUCUGACCAAACUAAAGGCCCAAAUCCAGUUUUCUACAGAGGGCCCACAAGUAACAUGGGGAGAUCACUCUACCAUGUGCUUGGUCCUAAACCUAGAAGAAGAAUACCGGCUGUAUGAAAAGCCGGCCUCUCCCUCCAUCGACCCAUCCUGGCUCCAACUUUUUCCCACCGUAUGGGCAGAAAAGACAGGUAUGGGACUGGCCAAUAACGUCCCACCAGUAGUAGUAGAGCUGAAAUCGGGUGCCUCACCGGUGGCCGUCCGACAGUAUCCAAUGACUAAAGAAGCCCGGGAAGGCAUCAGACCCCACAUCCAAAGGUUCUUAGACCUAGGGGUCUUAGUGCCCUGCCAGUCGCCCUGGAACACCCCUCUGCUACCAGUAAAAAAGCCAGGGACCAAUGACUAUCGGCCAGUCCAAGACUUGAGAGAAAUUAACAAAAGGGUGCAAGACAUUCAUCCCUCAGUCCCAAACCCAUACAGCCUCCUGAGUUCCCUUCCGCCUAGUCACACUUGGUACUCAGUCUUGGAUCUCAAGGAUGUUUUUUGCCUCAAACUACACCCCAACAGCCAGCCACUGUUCGCGUUCGAGUGGAGAGACCCAGAAAAAGGUAACGCUGGUCAGCUGACCUGGACACGGCUGCCACAGGGGUUCAAGAACUCACCCACUCUCUUCGACGAGGCCCUCCACCGGGAUUUAACUCCUUUUAGGGCUCUCAACCCCCAGGUCACAUUA